AUGAUUGGAUUAGAAAAUCUGUUCGCCCAACGUAGUCAAGUUGUGGCUAAAGUGAAGAACAUCCAAGAACGAAUAAGUGAAGAAGAUGGUGCUUUUCGACCGACUUUGGCCCGAUUGAAAACCUACCAAAGUGAACUCCAGUGCCAUUAUCGAGAGUACCAGAGAGUGUACGGUGAACUUUUGUCCGUACUCCCAGCCGAAGGAUUCGAAGUGCUUGAUGAAGAUUAUUGGCGUUUCGAAGAAUUCCACGACGAGGCCUGCUUCCUGGUGGAAACCCUGUUGAUUUCCUGCCCGACCACCAGUGACGAAGGUUUCAACAAGCGAAGGUCGUCAUCCAGCUGCUUCGCUGCGACUACUACACGCUGGCUCAGUCCUUCUCGAGGAAGCCAGUCACCGAGUCCAACGACGGAACAGCCCGUUCCGAAUCCUGACGUGAUGGAGAGGCCACGCACGUCUUUGCCGAAAGAGAAAAUGGUGAGUGCGAAUGUUACCAAUCCAAUCCAGACUGCGAAGCCGCGCUGCGUCGAAGAUACCUCCAAGCAGAAGACGCCUUUGCGUGGACCGGCCGAGGUCCCAUCCGAGAGUGAUUUCGUCGAGGUCACUAUUCCUGAGUCGGCAGCCCCGCCGGCCCAAGAUGCAGUCAAGCGUGAAGAAAAGGUGACAACCGUUGCCUUCGAGAAUCCAUCGACGAGCCAGGAGGAUUUCCUUAUCGGCAACGAGCCAGCCAAGUUUGUCGACAUUCCAUCCGAAGAUCCCAAGACACUGACGUCAAGCAAAGCGCCCUCUGGAACCAACCCGGUGGCGAACCCGUUCCGAAUUCCAUUCGACCCAACUGGAGUUCAUCCGAAGCUAACGAUUCCGAUUCCUACCGGAUUCCAUCCGGUGCUGAAGCUGUUCCGAUCGCCACCAGGAUUCCAGCCCAUGCCGAAGCGAAUCCCGAAGCCAACCGGAUUGCCUCCGGUGUCCCAGAAUCCGACCGGAUCUUUUCCGGUACCACAUCCGCCCCAGUGCAAGGCCGGUUCCCUUCCGGCAAAACAGCAGCAACAGACUCCGACCGGUCUCCUUCCGGUACCACGACAGUUACAGUCCGUGACCGAAUCCAGUUCGGUAUCCCCGUCGCUCCAGUGUAAGGCCGGUUCCCUUCCGGCAUUCCAACCGCAACAGAACCCGACCGGUGUCCUUCCGGUAUCCCAGAAGCUGCAGUUUGUGACCGAAUCCCGUUCGGUAACCCCACAGUUCGAGUCUACGACCGGUUCCUAUCCGGUAUUCCAGUUCCAGCGCACGACCGGAUCCUAUUCGGCAGGCAAUUCAAUCCUAAGGUCUACCGGUGCCAUUCCGGUGGUCGAUUCCGCCCUGAUGCCCGUCGCAACCCGUUCGGCGGCCAAGACGACCAAGAAUUCUACCGGUCCCCGUCCGGUGAAUAACUCCGAUAUGAUGUUCGUCGGUUCCAGUCCGACGGUCAAACCAACCGUCAAUACCCGUUCGGCGGUCAAGAAGUCCAAGAUGUCCAUCGGUGCCCGUCCGAUGGUCAAGUCCAACGAGAUGCCUGCCGGUUCCUGUCCGGUGAGCGAGCCCCUCCUGAUGUCCGCUGGUGCCAGUCCAGUGGGCAAGCCUAGCCUGCGUCCAUCGUCUAUCGGUACCAGCCCGAUAGUCAAUCCAACCGUCGAUAUCCGUUCGGCGGCCAAGAAGUCUGCCGGUUCCCGUCCGGUGGUCAAGUCGCACGAGUUACCUGCAGGUUCCCGUCCGGGGGUCAAAGUCAACCUGAUGCCCAUCGGUUCCUGUCCGGUGGCCAAGUCUUCCCAGAUAUCUGCCGGUUCCUGUCCGGUGGACAAGCCACUCCUAAUGUCCGCUGGUGCCAGUCCAGUGGGCAAGCCGACCCUGCGCCCAUCGUCUAUCGGUACCAGCCCGGUAGUCAAGCCAACCAUCGAUACCCGUUCGGCGGCCGAAAAGCCCGCGAUGUUCGCCGGUCCUCCGGUAGCCACGCCGAUUUCGAUGUCCACUGGAACCAGUCCGGUGGGCAAUUCAGGUCCGAUGUCCGUCGGUUCCAGUCCGUUGGUCAAGCUAAUCCCGAGGUCUACUGGAACCAGUCCAGUAUACAAUUCCGCUCUCAAGUCCGCCGGUUCGUAUCCCGCAACCCAACCGAAGUUGAUGCCCAUCGGUGUCCGUCCGAUGGUCAGGUCCGUCCAGAUGUCCGCCGGUUCCUGUCCGGUGGUUAAGCCACUACCGAAACACACUGGUACCAGUCCUGUGCAAAAGCGAGUUCUGACGUCCGCCGGUGCCCGUCCGGUGACGAAGUCCAUCAUGAUAGCCAUCGGUACCUGUUCGGUGGUCAAUCUUUCCUGGAAGUCCGUCGGUACCUGCCCGAUGGCCAAGACGUUCCUGAAGCUCGUCGGCACCAGUCUGAUGAUCAAGCCCAAGCCGUUUCCGAAGUCCACUGGAACCAGUCUAGUGGUGAAGCCAAUCGUGAUGUCCGCCGGUAACAGUCCGGCAGCCAAGCCCUUCGUAGUGUCAGCCGGUCUCCGUCCGGUAACCAAGCCACCGCUGAAGUUCGCUGGAAGCCAUCCAGUGGACGAACCCGUCCCGAAGCCUGUCGAAACCCGUCCGGUGACCGAGUCAAGCCUGAUGUCAACCGGCACUCCUACAGUGAACCCGCCGGUGCUCUUUCCUGUGAUGUCAGCCGGCAUCCAACGAAUUGCGAAGCCUAUUCCGAAGAUCGAGAUGUAUCCAACCAAGAAGCUACCUCCAACGACAGCCGGAAUCCGUCCGGCACUCAAGCGAAACGAGAGCCUAGAAGAACAAGUCCCAAUCCCGAAGAUAGCCGGAACCCUUCCGGUAUCGAGAGAACCUCCCGAGAAGAAGUCGAUCGUGGUGUUCUCGACGGUGAACCAUCCACCACUAGAUCCGCCGCCGGUCAGCCCGACUGGUGAAUGUAAGCAGCUCCAUUUCGACACAAGGCCGAGGAAGCCGCCCGAUGGACCAUCCAAGCGAUGCCGACCCAGCGAAGCCAUCUCAGCCAUCUCAGCGCGCGUGCCCCGAACGCGUCCACCUAACGACCCGAAGGAAGCCAAGCACGAUGCCACAGAAAUCCCACCUGACUGA